UUAUGAGGACACGUUGCUCUGCAGCAGAAGAAGAGCAAAGGGAUCAGUUAGCUCUAUAGGCAUCAAGAAGGCCAUCUGCUACAAGGGGCGUACAAUCUAGCAGAUGCACUGAUAUCUGAUUUUUUUUUUCAAAAAUAUGUUUGCAAGGUUUAAGGGCCUUUUCUCAGGCCCACAGGUUCCAGCAGAGUCCAGGACCACCAAAGCUGCUCUGGACCCCUCACCAGCGCCAGCACCAGCUUCAGCACCAGCUCCUGCACCAGCUUCUGAACCAGUUUCCGAACCAUCUCCUGCAUCAACACUAGCACCAGCUCUAGCUAAGGAGGAGAAGCCAGGUGACAAAGAAAAUGAAGCAAAGGAAGAGGACAAACCGCAGGCACCUACACCAGCACCUUCACCAGCACCUACACCAGCACCUUCACCAGUCCCUACACCAGCACCUUCACCAGCACCUUCACCAGCCCCUGCACCUGCUUCAGCUCCAGCUCCAACAGUCACACCUGCAAACCCUGAACAGGCUGGACCUGAAAGAAAAGACGAGGACCCUUCUCCUCUGCCGAUAGUCAUCAACAAAUAUGCAGAUGAGCAGCUCAGAAAUGUAGCACAAAGGAUGCAAGAGAGACUGAAUUUAUACAAGGAGAAAGUGACUGAUCAGUAUGCUUCCUCCCCUGACAUAACCCCUCCUGUCACUCCACUACUACCUAAAGAUGAGUAUGCCAGAGCGAUGGAGGACAGGGCAAGGCAAGCAGAGGAGGAGAGAAUAAAGAAGGAGGAGUCAGAUAAGAAGAAGAAAGAAGAACAGGAGAAGAAAAAGAAGGAAGCUGAGCAGAAGAAGAAGGAGGAGGAGGAGAAAAGGAAGGAAGAGGAAAAGAAGGUGAAGGUGCCCUUAAAGACGAGGCUGAUCUCAGUUUACUGGUCAUCAGUAGACUUUGUUUUGAAGCCGCUGGAGGACCGGAUGGAUUCUGUGGUGGGGCCCACCAUCGACCCCUUCACAGAUCGUCGCUACAUCACCUGGCUGAGUGUGGUUACUGCAGCCAUCAACUACAAUAUUUGGUUUGUUACUGCCCGAAUGUGUUUCCCGUAUCACAGUGAAACCUCCAUCCCUAUCUGGUUCAUCAUGGAUAUCCUGGCUGACAUCAUUUACCUUCUAGAUGCCAUCUUGUUUCAGCCUCGCAAACAGUUUGUCAAAGGAGGAGACAUCAUAAAAACCCGUGUCCUGACAACCAAGCACUACAGAGAAUCAGAAAGAUUACUGGCAGAUGUAGUUUCUCUUCUACCACUCGACUUGUUAUACCUACAGUUUGGAUUUAAAUCUGUUUUCAGACUCAACCGUUUAAUAAAGAUAGAUACAUUUUUUGAGUUCAGUGACCGUCUGGAGAGCAUCUUAGCUAAGGCGUACAUCUGGAGAGUGAUUCGCACCAUUGGCUAUCUCCUCUUCAUGCUCCACCUGAACGCCUGCUUCUACUACGUGGCCUCUGAGUACCAGGGCAUUGGUGGGACAAAAUGGGUCUACUCCGGCCUAGGCAGCGCGUACCUGCGCUGUUACUACUUUGCCGUCCGCAGUCUGAUCAACAUCGGCGGCCUUAACGAGCCUCACACUGUCUUUGAGAUUACCUUUCAGAUGACUAACUUUUUCAUAGGCGUCUUUGUGUUCUCCAGUUUGAUUGGACAGAUGAGAGAUGUCAUUGGUGCAGCCACAGCAGGACAGACCUACUUUCGAACCUCCAUGGACAACACAGUGGCUUACAUGGUGACCAACAACAUUCCCUCUUUCGUGCAGAACAGAGUCCGCACCUGGUACACUUACACGUGGGACGCUCAGGGCAUGCUAGAUGAGUCUGAACUGCUGGAUAAGAUGCCUCUUGUAAUGAGAACUGCCAUUGCUGUGGACAUCAACCUGGCAACGUUUCAAAAGAUUGACCUUUUCAAGGGCUGUGACCAGCAGAUGUUGGUGGACAUGUUGCUAAGGCUGAAGUCUAUCAUCUAUCUACCAGGAGACUUUGUUGUGAAAAAAGGUGACAUCGGUAAAGAGAUGUACGUCAUCAAAAGUGGAGCGGUGCAAGUGGUGGGGGGACCUGACAACAGUAUUGUGUUUGUAACACUGAAGGCAGGCUGCGUGUUUGGAGAAAUCAGUUUGUUACAGUCUUCUAAGGAUGGAGGGAACCGACGAACAGCCAAUGUCAAAGCAUACGGCUUUGCUAACCUUUUUGUUCUGGAGAAGAAGGACCUGUUUGACAUUCUUGUCCACUACCCAGAGUCUCAGAAGGUGUUAGCCAGAAAGGGCAAGAAACUAAUGAAGGCUAAGGGACCACCAGCAGCAAAAGUAGAGGAAGAGAAGAAGAAAGGACUUGCAUUGUUCGGCCCCAAACCGCCAACACCCAAACUGCUGCAAGUUUUCGGAGGAAACUUUAACAAAAAGAUGUUUAGCAGACAAAAGAAAGCUGAUGACAAGUAAAGACUCAACUGAGCUGUGUAUUUAUGUGUAUUUAAUAACUCCAUUUUGGGAGUAACGGUAAAGCUUUUUUUCUGGUUUUUUUACAUGAUUUAUAUCAAGUGUUUUAUUUUUUUUCCCCCAAUGUUAAGAUUACAUGUUAUAUGGACAGGUUCUGCUUAGCCAGCUUUAAGCCCAGGAACGUACUACCAAGGCUAAAUGCAUGCUGGAACUGUAAUGUGGAAGUAAAACUAAUCUAACUACAUUAGCAGUGUUAGAAACAGUGAUGGUUCUUGAUUAAAUGGUAACUGUCAUACGCACAGUCAAAGUCAGCAGACUUUGUUUUAAUGAGCUGUGAUCAGUGUAUAAUAGUCCAGGUUUGAGCUGUCUAUAUAUUGUGGUUUUCAACCUUCUCUCAAUCUAAUGUGGUCCUUAUACCUAAUGUUAGUCCUAAUUUACUACCAAAAAUGAGUCUAGAAACACGGUUCGACCUUCAAAUGGUUUAAAUGGCAGAAGGCCAUAUUUCAACACAUGCCAGUAAGCAACCGAAACGUAGCUUGACACAGAGGUUUAUUUUCUUUUAUAGCGCUUCUGCCACCCCUAGAUAGAGUGGUGCCCUGGGUGGUGACCCAUAUGGCCCAUAUCAAAAACCAUCAGGAAACACAGACUGUGACUCUAUGAUCUAAUUCUAAUGUUGGUCAAUUUAGGACGUAUAUUGUUUUGUUUUACACUGAAUGUGUUUAUCUUUUUAUUGUUUUAUUGUCCAGUUACGCAGGAGUUCUGCACCAUAAACUUACCAGAUUUUAUACUGUUAUUUUAUCUAUUAUGUGACUGAUUUAAUCGUCCAUAUUUACCUUAAUAAAUGAUUGGCAGAUGAAACAGCA